AUGUCACUGGCCUUGACCAGCCCUCCUCCCACGUCCAGCACAUGUGAUUUCAAUUAUUUUCAAUCCUUGAGCAGCGAAUACACAGACGAAAGGUACCUGAGAAGGGCUUCUGAGCUGAAGGUGGAAGUGAAGAAGAUGUUGGUGCAGGAGAAAGAAGUAGCGUCGAGUGUUGAAGAAUUAUUGGAGCUGAUUGAUGAGUUGCAGAGGCUUGGAAUAUCUUAUCAUUUUGAGGAUGAGAUCAAUCAAAUUCUGGGUUGUUUGUAUAAGCAGAAAUAUGCAGGGGGGAAGAAUAACUCUGAGGGAAAGGAAAGGGAUUUGUACUCUACAGCUCUUGCAUUCAGACUCCUCAGACAACAUGGUUUUACCGUCUCUCAAGAAGUAUUUGAUUGUUUCAAGAAUGACAAGGGGGAGUUUGAUCUAAGUCUUGCCCACGACACCAAGGGAUUGUUACAACUAUAUGAAGCUUCUUUCUUGUCGACACCCGGUGAAAAGACCUUGGAUCUGGGUAGAGAAUUUGCCACCAAUUUUCUGCAGAAAAAUCCUAAUCAAAAGAUUGAUGAGAACCUGUCGUUAUUGGUCCGCCAUGCUUUAGAGUUCCCAACACAUUGGAGGGCUCAAAGGCCAAACGCAAGAUGGUUCAUCGAUGCAUACGAAAGAAGAUCAGAUGUAAAUUCAGUUGUGCUUGAACUCGCAAAAUUGGACUUCAAUAUCGUUCAAGCAACGCAUCAAGAAGAACUCAAACACCUCUCAAGAUGGUGGAAGCAGACAUGCAUAGCUGAGAAGCUACCAUUUGCAAGGGAUAGGCUGGUGGAAGCUUACACCUGGAGCAGUGGAUACCUCCCCCGGCCUGAACAGGCAUAUGCAAGAAUGAUGUCCACAAAGCUCAAUGCUUUAACAACAGUUCUUGAUGAUAUAUAUGAUAUCUAUGGUACUCUAGAAGAACUCCAACUCUUUACUGAUGCUGUUCAAAGAUGGGAUACUGAGGCUAUCGAGAGACUCCCGGAGUAUAUGCAAAUAUUCUAUCUUGCAGCCUACAACCUUGUUAAUGAGAUGUCGUACGAUGUUCUCACGAAACAUGGAAUUCUCGCCAUUCAACAUAUGAAGAAACAAUGGGCAGAUGUAUGCGCACUAUUUUUGCAAGAGGCAAAUUACUACUCCAAAGGGUAUACACCAACACUGGAAGAAUACAUCAAUAAUGCAUGCAUUUCAAUAACAAUUCCUCUCAUGCUAUGCCAUGCAUAUUUUCUUGACACAAACCAAAUAGACAUGGAGGCUGUUCAAGCCUUAUCCACGUACCACGACAUCGUUCGAUAUUCAGGAACAAUUGCACGGCUUUCAGAUGAUCUAGCAACAUCAGCGGAUGAGAUGGAACGUGGGGACACCCCAAAAUCAGUCGAGUGUUACAUGAACGAAAGCGGUGCUAGUAGAGAGGAGGCCAGAGAGUAUAUAAAGUUUGUGAUAGAUGAGACAUGGAAGAAAAUGAAUGCACAAGUAGUUGCAGUUGACAAUUCUCCAUUCUCAAAGGAUUUUGUGAGCAUGGCAGCUGAUCUUGGGAGAAUUGGGCAAUAUAUGUACCAGCAUGGAGAUGGUCAUGGAGUUCAGGGUUCUCAUAUCAAGGACCGUACUUCCAGUUUGCUAUUUCAACCUAUUCUGUAGUUGAAUUCCGUGUCCGAA